AUGGUGGUGAAUCUCUCCACCUAUCGGAUUGAAGGCGAAUUCGAUGCUGGUGGCUGCGGCACGGUGUUGGUGGGCAGCCAUGCCCGCUCCAAGCAGCCGGUGGUGAUGAAAAUGGCCAGCAAAGAGGUGGACCGGCUCCUGCUCGCCACGGAGCGCCGGAUCUAUGCGCGGCUGCCGAAGGCCCGUGGAUGGCCCAGACUCAUCGACGCCGGACCUUCUGAACUUGUGCGGAGGACGCUCGGUCUGAAGACGGUUUCGCAGCUAGCGCUGCAACUGCUCGACAGGCUGGAAACAUUCCACGAGCUGGGGUACGUUCACCGCGACCUGAAGCCGGACAAUGUCCUGCUGGGUCGCGGAACGACCCGCAAGACGCUGCACUUGAUCGACUUCGGUCUUGCCGAGCCGUAUCGGCACCCAGCACGGGGGAAACACAUAGCGCAGGAUGCGUUUUUCCCGUUCGCCGGAACGAUCGAAUUUGCACCAGUGUUCGCUCAUCUGGAGUAUACACCGAGCAGGCGAGAUGACAUUUUGUCACUCGCCUACAUGCUGGUGUUUUUGCUCCGCGGUGGCCUACCGUGGUAUGGUACCGAGGAGCGAUUUGAUCCGGACGAGGCACUGCUUCUGAAGUUGUGCAUUACGCCAGCGAGCUGUGCAGAGGACUGCCGGCUGAGUUUAGCGGUUGACCGA